AACCAAAACAUUGCCAGUGGUGGUUAACCAAUAAGCCAGGUUACCAACAGCAAUCUGAUUUACAAACAGAAAAGAAGACUAAAAUGUUUAAAGUGAUUGAAAUGAAACUUUCUUUUAGUUUGACCGUUUUCAUAUGGUUUUUAUUCAGUCACGGUGUGUCUGGUGCUGAUACAGAAGAAGUGUCAGUGUCAGUGAUUGAGGGAGAUUCAGUCACUCUAAACACUGGUAUUGAAAUGACACAGCAGGAGAAGAUGAUAUGGUAUUUUAAAGGCACUCGCAUCGCUCUAAUCAAUGGAGAGCUCAGUAAGACCUGUACAGAUGUUCAGUGUAAUGGAGGAACUGAGCAAUUCAAAGAUCGACUGAAGCUGGACAAUCAGACUGGAUCUCUGACCAUCACAAACACCAAACGCACAGAUGCUGGAGUUUAUGAACUACAGAUCAUCAGUGGGAACAGCAGAAAAAAGAUCUUCACUGUUGCUGUUCAUGGUGUUUUCGGUGUUGGUCCAGAUGGAAAGUCUGCAUGUGUGAUGGAGGGAGAUUCAGUCACUCUACACACUGGUGUUCAAACAAACCAACAAGAGAAAAUUCAUUGGUAUUAUAAAGACAUUCGCAUCGCACUAAUCAAUGGAGAUUUGAGUAAGAUCUGUACAGAUGUUCAGUGUAAUGAAGAUAAUGAGAGAUUCAGAGACAGACUGAAGCUGGAUCAUCAGACUGGAUCUCUGACCAUCACAAACAUCACAGACUCAGACUCUGGAGGAUAUAAACUGAAGAUCAUCAGCAGCAGCAUCAGUGAAAAGAUCUACAAUAUUACCAUCCAUGAUGUUCCUGCUGCUGAACGAGAUGAAAUGAAGAAAAAGUCGGUGAAGGAGGGAGAAUCUGUCACUUUCGACACUCGUGUAAUAAAAAACCCAAAUGAUGUGAUGACGUGGUAUUUUCAUAACAUUCUCAUCGCUGAAAUCACUGGAGAUCAGAGUCAGAUCUGUACAGAUGUUCAGUGUGAAGAGAGAUUCAAAGACAGACUGAAGCUGGAUCAUCAGACUGGAUCUCUGACCAUCACAAACACCAGAAACACUGACUCUGGAGAAUAUAAACUACUGAUCAACAGCGGCAGCAUCAGCAUCAUAAAGACAUUCAGUUCAUUCAUUCAUUCUGUCACUGUUCCAGAUUCAGGUCCGUCUUCAUCUGCUGCAGCAGGAAUGAGUGUUGAGGUUAUUGUAAUUGUUGCUGUUGCUGCUGUUCUGCUUGUGGCUGCAGCAGUUGGUGGUGUGAUUUACUAUCGCCGACAUCAAGGAAAUGGAAACGAGGACAAUCCUGGUGAAAAUCAGAAUGUAGAAGAAGGCUUGCUCCCUCAACAUAAUGGGAUGCAGAAUGGGACGGUUCAUCCUCCAUCAGCUGACAAUUACAUUGAUGUUGUUGAGACAAAAUUGUAACAAUUGUUUUUUUUUUUGAUACUUUUUUUUUAAUUCUCUUUGCUUAGAGAGAAAUAGUCAUGAUAUUUCAGCUGUUAAAGGAUGCUGACAGUAGGGUUGGGUGAUGUCUGUAAAAAGGGGCAUCAGACGAUGUCUGCAGUGAAACAUCAUGAUAGAUGAUGACGUCAGGGUCAGGAAGGAUUGAAUUCAUUGGAAUAAAUUAAAAACUCUCGCUCUGCUCCAUGCCAGUGGACACGCACAUGUGGUGCACGUCUGGAGAAAGAAGGAACGCGCCUGGAGCUGAAAGGGCUUGAAUGAAGGGCAUUUCGCUUUAGAUAAAACUACUAGAGGAUAUAGCGCUGAAAUAUCUUUACCACAGACGGUCCUGAGUGCUUGUGGUGUGAUCUGCACCGCUGUUUUCAUGCGCUGCUCACUUCAACUAGAAACAAACUGGUGCUACCAUUCUGUUUCAUGGUCUGGAUGGAAACAUCCUGGAGUCCGGAUGCAGUCCUCCAUUUGAUUAUCAGUGGUUUAGUUUGAACCACAUGGAAUCAAAAUGCCAGUUCAACAUUGUGAUAUCUGUCAGUAUUGACGAUAGCAUCAUCUAUCAGCCCAACCCUACCGGACAGCAACAGUGCAUGACUGUCUCUCCAUCUUGCCAGUAUUGCCGUUUCUUCAAGUCUUUAGCAGUGGCAUUUACACUAUGAGAUAUGGAUAUGUUUAUGUUUUCAUGUGCUCAUUUCGGUCAAUCUGAAUGAAUCCAAUUUCAAGUUUUGCACAAUUUUGAGCUCUAAACCUUGCAGUUUGUUUUAUAUAUUCAUUUUAUAUGUGCAUGGACCCCUUUCACAGACAUUAUUAACAUUGUAAAUCUGCCCAAUUUUUUUUUUUAGCUUCAUAUUUUUAAAAAAUGUAACGCACAUAUGUAUCGCUUCACUUUGCAUUGUUACUUUGGCAUUAUAUUGUAGAAAAUUGUAAGCAAGCGAUUUUAAUACAACAUGCAACAACAAAUGACUCUCUUCUGAUCAUCAACCUCAAAAACAGUGAAAUGCGAAAAGGGUCCAUUUCAUGUACUCUGAACAAAACUUAAAUAAAUGCGCAAUUCAGUUUUUUAUUUUUUAUUUUAGUCCGACUUUAGUGUUUACCCGAUGGAAAUUGAAUUCAGAUGAAGCUCAUUCAGAUUGACUGAGGUGUUUACAGGAUGGUUUUGCUAGCCAGUUGAGCCAUUGAUCAGUUUACAAUCCAGGAUUCAUUUGGGUGCACUUCAAUGUGAUUUUGACAUCUCAAAUGUUUGUUUACGUUCAUUUAUAACUGGCUGUGAACUAGGGCUGUCACUAACAAUUACUUUGGGAUUCAAGUAAUUGGUCCAUUAUUCUGGCGAUUUGAGUAUUCGGAUCUUUUUUUUGUGGUAAUACAAAUAGACCUAAGUGAACAAUAGCCUUUAAAAUGACUUAAAAUGUUACUACUUGUUUCCUUAACAUUUGCGUAAAGAGAAAAUGGUUUAAUCUGUUACAUUCCACUGUACCGCCUGUGGUGCCUUUCAAAAGAGACCAAAACUAUGCAUAUAUUACAAAUGGUUCAAGAACAGCAUGCAAUUUACUUUGGAUAUGCCUUUUAAGGCAUUUUUAGGCAAAUUUUACAGGAAUGCCAAGGGGUUAAAAACUUAAAAAUAAUGUUUUGAAUAUUAAGAAAACAUUCAGAAAUAACAUCUUUGUAAUUAAAUGACAAUGCUAGCAAAACGUUCUUAGAACCAUUUUGUUUUUAACUAAGGUAUUCUUGUUGAAAGUGUUUGAAUAUGUUUAAUACUAAUUUAACCAUCAAACCUCACUUGUUCAACUGUAAACUGACUUUUUAAAAGAAAUACUUGAAAUAUUGAACAUUUCACAGUCCACACUUUUGCUUGCUUGAUUGUUUGUUUGUUACAAAGAAAGGCAGUUCAGGAGUUGAUCCAUGACAUAUCACCAUUGUGACCUUGAUCAAACUCUAAAUCCUCAGGAAACAGCUUGUAAUAACAGCACUGAAAGACACUGUAAAGAAGUAGCAACAUCACGCCAAAUGUGUUAAUGCCAUGUGUUUUUGUAAUGUAUUUUUAUUUAUAUGUAAUAUACAUAUAUUUAUUAUUAUUAUUAUUUGCAUCAUUCAUCAUGGCUUAACUAUUACUGCCAUCUUCACAAGCCUUUUCCUGGUGCUACACAUGCAAAUGAUGUUUUAAACUCAUUUAAUGUUUGUUUACUG